UCCUGCCCUGUCAGGAGAUCUAAGAGGUUGCACUAUAUAAAGUCACGACCGACUCCGUGCCACCAUGCAGUCACCUUCAGGUGAUCCAGGAUAAGACAAGUCCGCCCUUCUCCUCUCUUCUUGCAGGAUAGGAUAUAAGAGACUGCCUCUUAUCGACAUGCGUCUCGCUGCUGCUCUUUUGAUUUUGUCUGCGUCUGCAGUGUGUAAUGGCGCUAAACUUCCUUCUCGGGGCUACUUGACCCCUGCGGCAGGGGCCAGCCCCAGCACCGCUGGAGGGUCUUCAUUGCCAGGAUUUGGUUCUGCAACGUCUGGAUCAGGCUCAGGUUUUGGAAGCUCUACUGGUUUUGGCACAGGAAGCUCUGGGAGUUCUGGUUCUUCGAGUGGCUUUGGAUCCUCUGCUGGUAUCAGCUCUGGAGGCACUGCAGGCCAUGGAGCCUCAUCCAGCUUUAACUUUGGUAGCUCAGGGGCCCAUGGCACAUCUGGUGUAGGUUCAGCUGGUUCUGGCACCCAUGGCUCAUCUGGCACAUUUGGGUCUGGUGGAACAGGAAGCCGUGGAUCAUCCAGCACCUUUGGGUCUGGUGGAUCUGGAGGUCAUGGAUCAUCAAGUACUUUUGGGUCUGGAGGAUCUGGAAGCCACGGAUCAUCCAGCACUUUUGGGUCUGGUGGGUCUGGAAGCCACGGAUCAUCUAGCACUUUUGGAUCUGGUGGGUCUGGAAGCCAUGGAUCAUCCAGCACCUUUGGGUCUGGUGGAUCUGGAGGUCAUGGAUCAUCUAGUACUUUUGGGACUGGUGGAGCUAGUGGCCAUGGGACAUCUGGCACAUUUGGGUCUGGUGGCUCAGGCAUCCAUGGAGGCUCCAGUACUUUUGGAUCUACUGGAUCUGGAGGUCAUUCAUCUAGUGCUCUUGGAUUGGGGGGAUCUAGUGGCCAUGGUUCAUCAAGUAGCUUUGGAUCUCAUGGUUCAGGUGGUAUAGGAUCAUCUGGCAGCUUUGGAUCUGGUGGUACUGGCACUCAUGGGUCAUCUGGCACUAAAGGAUCAAGUGCUUUUGGUAGCACUAGCAGUAAAGUUUCAUUAAGUAGCUUUAGUUUUGGCACAUCUUCAUUUGGAAGUGGCUCAGGAAGCCAUGGAGCUUCUGGAAGUUUAGGUAGUGCUGGUAGUGGCUCUGGUACUCUUGGUUCUGGUUCAUCUGGAAGCUAUGGUGCAACAGGAUCUUUAGGUUCAGGUGUUGGUUCUACUCAUGGAAGUAGUAUUGGUUCAAGCAGUGGAUCUGGUUCUGGUUUUAGCCAAGGAGGUACCUUUGCUUCAGGAUCUGGUUCUGGCCAAGGAGGAGCUUUUGGUUCAGGUGCUGGUUCUGGGUCUAGCCAAGGAGGAGUUUUUAGCUCAGGAGGUGGUUCUGGGUCAAGCCAUGGUGGUGCAUUUGGGUCAGGUGGCAGUUCUGGGUCUAGCCAUGGUGGUGCUUUUGGCUCAGGAAGUGGCUCUGGAUCUAGCCAUGGAGGAGCUUUUGGUUCAGGUGCUGGUUCUGGGUCUAGCCAAGGAGGAGCUUUUAGCUCAGGAGGUGGUUCUGGGUCAAGCCAUGGUGUGCAUUUGGUCAGUGGCAGUUCUGGGUCUAGCCAUGGUGGUGCUUUCGGCUCAGGAAGUGGCUCUGGAUCUAGCCAUGGAGGAGCUUUUGGUUCAGGUGCCAGUUCUGGGUCUAGCCAAGGAGGAGCUUUUAGCUCAGGAGGUGGUUCUGGGUCAAGCCAUGGUGGUGCAUUUGGGUCAGGUGGCAGUUCUGGGUCUAGCCAUGGUGGUGCUUUCGGCUCAGGAAGUGGCUCUGGAUCUAGCCAUGGAGGAGCUUUUGGUUCAGGUGCCAGUUCUGGGUCUAGCCAAGGAGGAGCUUUUAGCUCAGGAGGUGGUUCUGGGUCAAGCCAUGGUGGUGCAUUUGGGUCAGGUGGCAGUUCUGGGUCUAGCCAUGGUGGUGCUUUCGGCUCAGGAAGUGGCUCUGGAUCUAGCGGUGGAGGAGCUUUUGGUUCAGGUGCCAGUUCUGGGUCUAUCCAAGGAGGAGCUUUUAGCUCAGGAGGUGGUUCUGGGUCAAGCCAUGGUGGUGCAUUUGGGUCAGGUGGCAGUUCUGGAUCUAGCCAUGGUGGUGCUUUUGGCUCAGGAAGUGGCUCUGGAUCUACCCAUGGAGGAGCUUUUGGUUCAGGUGCCAGUUCUGGGUCUAGCCAAGGAGGAGCUUUUAGCUCAGGAGGUGGUUCUGGGUCAAGCCAUGGUGGUACAUUUGGGUCAGGUGGCAGUUCUGGGUCUAGCCAUGGUGGUGCUUUUGGCUCAGGAAGUGGCUCUGGAUCUAGCCAUGGAGGAGCUUUUGGUUCAGGUGCCAGUUCUGGGUCUAGCCAUGGUGGUGCUUUUGGCUCAGGAAGUGGCUCUGGAUCUAGCCAUGGAGGAGCUUUUGGUUCAGGUGGCAGUUCUGGGUCAGGCCAUAGUAGUACUUUUGGCUCAGGAAGUGGCUCUGGAUCUAGCCAUGGUGGUACUUUUGGCUCAGGAAGUGGCUCUGGGUCUAGCCAUGGUGGUGCGUUUGGAUCAGGAAGUGGCUCUGGGUCUAGCCAUGGAGGAGCUUUUGGUUCAGGUGGCAGUUCUGGGUCAGGCCAUGGAGGUGCAUUUGGCACAGGCUCUGGUUUUAGCAAAGGAAGCGGAUCUGUCUCAGGAAGUGGUUUUGGGUCUAGCCACGCAAGUAGUUUUAGUUCAGGCAGUGGCUCAGGUGCUGGGGCUUUGGCAAAUUUCGGAUCGCACGGAGGAGCCUUCGCUGCUGCUGGAGCCCAUAGUUCAGGAUCUGGAGCUGCUGGUGCCUCAUCCAGUUCAGGAUAUGCAGGAUCUCACCCUGGGACCUGCCCAAACUUCGGUAGUUGUGGAAAGCCAGCAGGCUACAGCAAAAAAUGCAACUUUGAUGGCGACUGCAAUGCUUCAGAGAAAUGCUGCUUCGAUCCUUGCUCCCCUAAGCAGCACUGGGUUUGCAAGGCUCCAGGGACGAAGUCUGUGAAUCAGUGGUAAAAAGAAACUAGAAAACAUAAUACUAAAUACUUUUUGUUACAUGGUCAGAAGCUAAAGUUGCUUUGAAAGGAUCCCUACCCCAGGCGCCCAAAAAUAGAAUAUGAGAAACAAUUUGAAACACCCCUCUCAUAAAAUGAAAUACUCUGAAUAAAAUAUUUAAACCUCAAGUAUCUUGAAAAGUAAUAGAAGAAAUCACUUUCAGCAUCUGGCCAGUAAUUACUUUGCAUUAUUUAUUCUUAAAAUUGUUUGUUCCAUUGUCCUCAAUGUUCUCUUCAAGAUGUAAAAGUGCUUCUGUUAUUCUUCAUUCAAUUAUAUACAUGACUAUUGCUAAAUGAAUAAAAAGAAAAUAUGA